CUGAGCCUCCCCUCUUGAGAGGAGCUCCAAGCUGCGCGGAACAGGCUUCAUUAGGAACUCGCGCGUGGAUCCGGGACAUGAAGGGCCUCUCUGCCGACUCCGUGCUGCCGUUUCUCUCACACGUGAGUUUGCUCCUCGGCUCUCUGGCGGGGGCCCUCGCUCAGGAGGCCGCGGGGGACGCCGGUGGCGGCGGAGAUGCGCUCCGGCGGGGGUUGACAUGGCAACACAACGGGCAGGUCUUCAGCAUCCUCAGCCGCGGGUCCCAGUACCGGCCGUCCGGCAGCAGGCGGGCCGGGCUCCGCGGACUCAAUAACCCGGUGGUGGUUCUCAGCAGCGCCAACGACACGGUCCCGGUGGCGUCCCGGGGAUCCCCGCGCGUCCCCGCCGCCAGCGACGACGCGCAAUUACGCGCGGCGACGCACCAACCGACGCCGGAGGACGCGAUGGUCGGAGACGAUCCGCACAACCCGUACAAGGCUUCCAACUACUACCCGUACUAUAACUACUACCACUCGUACUACAGACCCAGACCCAGGGCCCAGGCGCGACGCGGGUACGGAACCAGAUACCAGCAGCACGGUACGACCCGAUCCCCAGAGGAGGAACCAAAACCAGCCUGGUUUCAUGUUUGA